AUUGAAUAAGAAGUAAAAAAAAAGCUUAUAAUCUCUUCUCCACACACACCCUGUGAACGAGUGCAGUUCCUCACAUAACUCUACUCUUCUAAUGUAAAUCAAUUUCAUUUCCUUUCCAGUACAAAACUCUCUAAUGGCGAUCUCAUCACAAUCCUUCUCACCUUCCUUCAUUUCAACCCCCAACGAUUUAACUCGUCUCCCUUCCACCUUCACUCACUUCCGCAAAACCCAAACCCGAUUCGCAGUUUCUUCCCGUCUCAACUCUUCUAAAUCCUCCGAUGCCGGUGGUUCAAUCUCGCCGGAAAACGGCGGAGAAGUUCCCUAUGAGCUUCACCACGAUCUUUCUCCACAGCGUCGUAGACUCGGAUCGCCGGUAUUUGUGACGCUUCCGGUUAAAUCUGUUGGUUUAGAGGGGAAGAUUUGGAGGCCGAAAGCGAUGAUGCUGUCGUUGAAAGCGCUUGCUGCUGCUGGUGUAGAAGGUGUUGUGGUGGAGAUUUGGUGGGGUGUUGUUGAAAGGAAUCAGCCUAGGGUUUAUGAUUGGCGAGGGUAUCGUGAACUUGUUAUGAUGGCUUGCAUGUGUGGACUUAAAGUUCGCGCCGUUCUUGCGUUUCAUCAACAUGGCACUGAUGGUGAUGAUCCUAAUGGCUAUUUUUUUUCUUGUCAUAAGCCUCAGACUCUAGAAGGUUGUCCCUUCUUGUGUAGGAUACCGCUUCCUCUAUGGGUGCUUGAUGAGAUACAGAAAGAUCCGGAUUUAGCAUUUUCUGACAGGUUUGGAAGAAGAAAUAUUGAAUACAUUUCCCUCGGGUGUGAUAUUCUUCCUGUGCUGCGUGGACGUUCUCCCAUUCAAGCAUAUGCAGAUUUUAUGAGGGAUUUUAGGGACACUUUUAGGCCAUAUCUAGGCUUUAUCAUCACAGGAGUGCAGAUUGGCAUGGGUCCUGGUGGUGAACUAAGAUAUCCUUCAUUGUCUUCCCAAAAGCUAAAUAUGGCCUGGUCUCGUGAACUUGGAGAGUUUCAGUGCUAUGAUAAGUAUAUGCUUGCUUCUCUAAACGCCUCUGCAAGAAAUAUGGGAAAGCGUGAAUGGGGAAAUGGCGGUCCAUUUGGCACUGGAAGUUUGACGAAAAAUCCUGAGCGUUCUGAAUUCUUUAGAAACGAGGGUGGCUCUUGGAACAUGCCAUAUGGUAAAUUUUUCCUUGAAUGGUACUCGGAUAUGUUGCUUCUGCAUGGAGAGAGAAUUUGUAGAGAAGCUGAAACUAUAUUUAGGGGUACAGAAGUCCACAUAUCAGCAAAAUUGGCUGCCAUUCACUGGCACUAUGUCACACAAUCCCAUCCAUCAGAGUUAACAGCCGGCUACUAUAAUACUUUUAACAGGGAUGGAUACUUACCAAUUCUACGCAUCUUUAGUAAAUACGGAUUCUCGAUGUGCUGCUCUUGUUUUGAAAUGCAAGAUGUAGUUAUGAAUAAGAUCAACCCAGAUUGCAGCCCUGAAGGUUUUCUUAGACAACUUUUGCUGGCUGCUAGGCUCUGUGACAUAUCACUUGAAGGUCAAAAUUUUUCAACUGAUUUGGAUGAUGAUGGAUUCACUCAAGUGCUGAAGAUGUCAAAAUUUUACUCAGAUGGGAUUGAGAGACGCCCAUUCUCAUUCAACUUUGUAAGAAUGGACAAAAACAUGUUUGAACCACGAAAUUGGGACCGGUUUACUCGAUUUGUGAGACGAAUGUCUGCUGGAAACAUGUUUCGAGCCAGAUUAAAUUCUGUAGGAAACCUACAAUUGAAAACUACGGUGGCUGCAGAAGUGGGAUUGUUAUACCAGCUAUACCAGUACUCUUGAGUCUUGAAACUAGUUUUUGCUUCUGUUCUAGAAAGCAUAUUUUAGUAAUAUCACCAUCGUUUUAGUGUUGUGAAAUGUGUAGCAUCUGCUGAUUCUUAUUCUUUUAUUGCUUUUGGGCAACUUUUACAUCUUCGCAGAAUCAAUCACUUUACAUGGCCUUCCAGAGUUUUUAUAUGGUUGGCAUGUUAUCCACUUGUACCUAUAUUUGAAAUAGACUGAGAUACACUCUUGGAUCCAGAUAUUGUUGGAAUCUUUAGUUCUUCAAGUUCGCCCCUUUUUUAUUGUCUGUUCUGUGGAGAUGGUGUCUUGACUUUCAGGCCCUGUGUAACUUAGUGAUGGAUAUCUUUAGAGCAGAUUGUAUGUUUGGAUUUCAAAUGAGUGUAAAUUGCCAUCGGUCCAUUUAUAUUCCGUUUUUUGUUUUGUAAGAUUGUUUAAAUAGAGCCUUUGGCAUCUUUACCUUACAGUAUGUUGUAAGUAUGCUAAGAAUUUGAAGAAACUUUCAUAACCAUUUGUCACA